GGGAGGGGCGGGGCUGUUAGCUAAACGUCAUCAACGUGCUCCGGACACCCGGAAGCGUAGCAAGCUGUGACAUGUUUGGCUGAAGUUACCGGUGUUUGUGACCAAGUAGAGUUAAAUUAAACUACAUAUUCGCCACACUAAGUCACGCUGUAUUGUGCAUUACACUUUGAAGAUGAGUGCGAGUGAAAACGAAAAGGACCCUGCCGCCCUGAAGGAGGACGGGAACAACCGUUUCAAGGCAGGAGACAUUCAGGGCGCUGUGGGCUGUUACACCAAAGCAAUAAAGCUGAGUGACAGCCGAGCAGAGAGGGCUGUUCUGUACCGCAACCGCUCAGCCUGCUACCUGAAACAGGAGGAGUACAACAAGGCAGAGGCUGAUGCCUCCAAAGCUCUCGAUGCUGACCCAGGUGAUGUGAAAGCCAGGUUUCGGAGAGCUCAGGCUUUCCAGAAACUCUGUCGGCUUGAUCAGGCGUUUCUGGAUGCUCAGAGGUGUGCCCAGAUGGAGCCCAAAAACAAAGCCUUUAAUGAUCUGCUCAGACAGCUGGGAGCACAGAUCCAACAGAAGUCGGUGCAACUGAACUCCACAGAUGCUCGUGUGCAGCAAAUGUUCUCACUUCUCCUAGAUGCAUCUGCAAAGGACUUGGAUCGACAAAAGGCUGCUCAGAAUCUAGUGGUAUUGUCACGAGAAGACGCAGGAGCUGAGCAGAUCUUCCGAAACGAUGGAGUGAAGCUGAUUCAGAAACUUCUUAAGUCAAAGCAGGAGGAUAUUGUCCUUUCUGCCCUGAGGACCCUGGUUGGGUUGUGCACAGGGCACCAGUCCAGAACCAUGGCUAUAGUGAAUGAGCUGGGGAUGGAGCAGCUAUGUGAAGUAAUGGGAGCAGGAGCCUCCACUGUGUCUCUGGCUGCCUGCCACCUGCUGCAGGUGAUGUUUGAGGCUCUGACAGAGGGAAUGAAAAAAGAGAUCAGAGGGAAAGAUGAAGCCAUUCUUCCUGAACCCUCAAAGGAGCUACGCUCAAUGCUACGGCACCUCAUGGAAAUGAUGCCGGCAUCUAAUGUGUCAGGGCCGGGCAGAGACAGCGCCAUCAACCUCCUGGUCAAACAAGUUCCUCGCAAGUCCUUGAAAAACCCAGAUAACUCCCUCACGUUAUGGGUGAUAGACCAGGGACUUAAGAAAAUCCUGGAGGUGGCUGGGACAGUCCCUGAGCUCUCAGAAGGACCACCUCUUACCGACAACUCCCACAUGAGCUGCUCUGUCUUACUCAGCAAACUCUACGAUGACCUGAAGAGCGACGCAGAGAGGGAAAAUUUCAACAAGCUAUGUGAAGAAUAUGUACAGCAACAUUUUAGCCGUCAUGGCCUAGACGGCAAGCUGCGAGCCAUCCAGACAGUGUCGGUGCUCCUCCAAGGCCCGAGCGAAGUGGGUAACAGAACUCUGGAGAUGUCAGGAAUGAUGGACGCAGUGAUCGCUCUGUGUGCUUCCGAAGAUGUAACUCACCAGCAGGUAGCAGUGGAGACUGUAAUCCAUGCAGCCGGCAAGGCAAAGAGAGCCUCCUUCAUCACAGCCAACGGCGUGGCGCUUCUGAAGGAUCUCUACAAGAAGAGCGAGAACGACAGGAUACGUGUGAGAGCUCUGGUGGGUUUGUGCAAGCUUGGAUCAGCUGGAGGGACAGACUUCAGCAUGAAGCAGUUUGCAGAGGGAUCCACGCUAAAGCUCGCCAAGCAGUGCAGGAAGUGGCUGUGUAAUGAGUCUCUGCCCCCAACCUCCCGCCGGUGGUCUGUGGAAGGCCUCGCCUACCUCACUUUUGAUGCCGAUGUAAAGGAGGACUUGGUGGAAGACAAGAACGCUCUCCUGGCCAUGUUUCAGCUAGCAAAGUCUGAGGAUAAGACGGUGCUCUUUGCGGUGGGCUCCACAUUGGUGAAUUGCACCAAUAGCUAUGAAGUGGAGAAGCCAGACCCACAGAUGGUGGAGCUGGCCAAGUAUGCAAAGCAGCAUGUGCCUGAGGAACACCCCAAGGAUGCACCUUCCUACGUGGAGAAAAGACUGGGGAAGCUGCUGGAGGCUGGUGUGGUGUCUGCGUUGGUGUGUAUGGUCAAACAGGAAAGUCCUGUCCUCACUGACGCUUGCAAAGACUGUAUCGCCAGGGUCUUCUUGGCUUUGGUGGAACGACAGGAAGACAGAGGAACAGUAGUGGCACAGGGUGGAGGAAAGGCUUUGAUCCCACUGGCAUCUGAUAACACAGAUCUGGGUAAAAUUAAAGCAGCACAAGCCCUUGCAAAAAUAACCAUCACAUCUAACCCAGAGAUUGCCUUCCCAGGAGAACGGAUCUAUGAGAUGGUGCGCCCUCUUGUCAGUCUUCUGUGUCUUGAAUGCACACUGCUGCAGAACUUCGAGGCACUCAUGGCUCUAACCAACUUGGCCGGCAUCAGUGAAAGACUCAGACAAAAGAUCAUAAAGGAGAAGGCAGUCCCAAAAAUUGAAGGCUACAUGUUUGAGGAGCACGAACUUGUCCGAGCUUCUGCCACAGAGUGCAUGUGUAAUAUGGUUUUAAGCACAGAGGUGCAGAAGCUGUACCUGGCCACAGGAAACGAUCGCCUGAAGCUGCUUGUGCUCUACAGUGGAGAGGAGGACGAGAGGCUGCGGAAAGCUGCUGCAGGAACUCUGGCCAUGCUGACCGCUGAGCAGCCUGAGCUCUGUGCACGCAUCCCUGGAACAACGACCCACUGGCUAGAGAUUAUACAGUCGCUAUUGCUCUGUGAAAUAUCCGACCUGCGCCACCGCGGAGUGGUCAUAGUUCACAACAUGAUGCAAGCGGAGAAGAGUCUGACUGAGACGCUCAUGGAGAGUGAAGCUCUGGAGAUACUUACUGUCUUGGCGAAGGGAGGAGAAGGCAAGCCGGGGCCUGUUUCUAAGAUAGCGCAAAGCUGUCUGGACAAGGCCGUGGAGUACAGCAUCAUCAUGACCAGGGAAGGGAGAGAAAAAGCCAAAGGAACUGAACCAUGAAAACACAGCUGCAGCGUGUGAAUGUGCCUCCUGGCAAUGUUAAAGUGCUUUGAGUUGUAUGUGGGACCAGUGAAAUCAUUUCAAUAUUGCAGGAAAUCAAUUUUGGUCUGGAUGGGUACAAGCCAACCCUGAAAUUCUCA